CCUCAGCUGGAUCAACCAACGAGAGACGUUCACUCACUUGUGUGUGUCUGAUUCAUUCACCACAGGCGAUGGGCAGAUGCUGCAAAUGCAACAGCAGACUGCUGUGCAUGUGCCUGCUGCCUUGCAUGAUGACCGGCCACCUCCUGAUUUAUGUCAUGGUGUCCAUAUUCGUCACCAUCACCUACGCUCCUCCAAAAAUAACCAUCCACUAUGUCGCCCCGGGCAUUUCAGCCAACUCCUCUGCUCUGGCCUCUCACCCCCUCAGUCCCUUCUGGAACCUCCGCCUGGAGGACAGUGCUCUGUGGAACCAGUUGCAGCAUGUUUGGGAUCGUCAGCACAAUCCUCUACUGCGAGGAAACACCACUGGGGUCAUGAGGAAGCCGAAAGCGAAGCUUUUAUCAGAAAUUGAGGAUGAGUGCCUCUCUGACUGCAUGUCACACAAGUGCUCGGUCCCUCGUGUGAAUGAUUUAAACAGCCUGCCAGAACAAAUGAGGGCUUUUAUCAGGUCCAUGCACUGCAGGGAGUACCCCCUCCUCAUUAAUCAGCCUGGUAUAUGUAGGAAGAACAGCAGCAGCUUUGGUCUGGGUACUCCCAUGCUCCUCAUGGCCAUCAAAUCCCAAGUGGGGAACUUUGAAAACAGGCAGGCCAUCCGAGAAACGUGGGGACGCAACGGCCUGGUGAAGAUGGAAUCGAAUAAGAGAGGCAGAUUAGUUCGCACAGUGUUUCUACUUGGACGGCAGGACUCGAGCACAGGCCCCCACCCAAACCUUACCAAUCUGCUGGAUCUGGAGAACCGGAAAUAUGGGGAUAUCCUGCAGUGGGAUUUCAGAGACACCUUCUUUAACCUGACACUAAAGGAUUUGUUGUUUUGGCGCUGGCUCCAGCAGCACUGCCCCACCGCCAUGUUUGUGUUCAAAGGCGAUGAUGAUGUCUUUGUUCGGACAGAUGCCCUGCUGGAUUACCUGCACCAGCAGGUGGAGCACAACCAGUUGAGGGCCUACACAAAUGACAGCAGCUUGGAUUUGUUUGUGGGGGAUGUCAUCAACAACGCAAUGCCAAACCGUGAACCCUCCACUAAAUACUACAUACCAGAACGCUUCUACAAGGGUGUUUACCCUCCGUACGCAGGUGGAGGAGGGGUGGUGUACUCUCGCUCGCUUGCAUUGCGACUGAAAGAGGUAUCGGAGAGGGUGCGCCUUUUCCCCAUUGACGAUGUUUACCUGGGAAUGUGCCUGCACAGACUCGGUCUCUCUCCCGGCCAUCACCCGGGCUUUUUGACAUUUGACCUCCCGGAAAUGGACAAGGGCAACCCGUGCGCAUACAGAUCUGUCCUGCUGGUUCACAGACGCAGUCCCAAAGAGAUGCUGACGCUGUGGAACCAGCUGCAGAAUCUUCCCGGUCGAUGCUGAGGCUCAUUUGCCUGCCAAAUACGAUU